UGCCAGGGGACACUUCACAGCCACCUCCUCCAAUCAGGACUCAUCUCUCUGUGCCCAAUCACAGAAGCCAAGAGAGCUGUAGUCGGAGGUGAAAGGUCACGCUGCUGUUUGGCGGCCAUUUCUCUGGAGGCUCCGCGAUUCGCGCCCAACUGUAGCUACUCCAGUCACGAGGGACGGACGACAGCUGGGUCGGCGGCGAGUGGCCUGCAGCAUUUGCUUAUAGUCGCGAUGAGUUUGCCCCUCAAUCCCAAACCUUUCCUGAAUGGAUUAACAGGAAAGCCAGUAAUGGUGAAACUUAAGUGGGGAAUGGAGUACAAAGGCUACCUGGUAUCUGUAGAUGGCUAUAUGAACAUGCAGCUUGCAAACACAGAAGAAUACAUAGAUGGAGCAUUGUCUGGACAUUUGGGUGAAGUUUUAAUAAGGUGUAAUAAUGUCCUUUAUAUCAGGGGUGUUGAAGAAGAGGAAGAAGAUGGGGAAAUGAGAGAAUAGCAUCUUUUGUGGGGAAUUUUUUUUAUAUAUAUUUCUAGACAAUAAACUUUUUUUUUCAAUUUGUCUUGUGAACUAUUCCUAUUCAGAUAUUUAAACGCAGAGCUCAAAUGUUGAAAUAGUUGAAAGAUUAUUCACAGAAUUAAUGCUUUAAAAGACACUCAACUUCAUUCAAGUUGGUUUUCUUUUAUAAGCUCAGUAUUCUUUUUUUUUUUUUCUAUAGGGAGAAAAUUAUAUGCUUAAUAAACACUUAUGAAGGUGAA